UGACGCUCCCACAGCGGACAGAUGAGGUGGGAACACUGGGAGCGCUGCAGCAGGUUGGAGUAGUUUGUGCAAAUGGCCAUGACUGCUGAGUUCUCUUUAAGAGUGUGAAGGUGAGAAGAUCUGAGUCUGUGCAGGUUUACUCACCAAUUUUUGGUCAAGUGGAGCAUCCUAAAGUGUCCAGGUGACCAUCAAGAGUUUAGUUCUAUAAACGCAGCUUUUCCAACUCACUUUUAGCAGCUUGGAUGCUUGAGGACUCUGACACUCAGCUUAAACAGUCAGUUUGGAUCAAAUAGGAACAUUUAUUUUUCUCCACUAAAGCAUCACCACAAGGUUUACAAACUCUCAGAAGCUUCAGGAUGUUUUCCACAGCUUUCCUCCUCGCAGCGUUCGGCGUUUUUACGCAUUUGGACACUUUUACGCACGGGUGCCAGCUUCCCUCCGAGUGGCGGCCGCUGAGCGAGGGCUGCCGGGCGGAGCUGGCGGAGAUCAUCGUGUACGCCCGCGUCCUGGCGAUCCACCGGGAGCCCCUGGGCGGCGGGGCGGGCAGCCUCUACAACUCGCUGCCCUUCGGGUUCGGGUAUGGGUACGAGGGCGCGGAGGAAGGGCUGCUGUACUCUGCUGAGGUGGAGUUGCUGUGCGACCAGGCCUGGGGCAGCAUGCUGGAGGUGCCGACUGGAUCAAGGCUCAACCUGACCGGGCUGGGAUACCUGUCCUGCCAGUCCCACACCGUGAUGGAGAACUACUCCUACUUCUUCUUCCUCAGGAUGGACGAGAACUACAACAUCCUCCCCCAUGGCGUCAACUUCCAGGACGCCAUCUUUCCCGACACAUCCGAUAACAGACGCACCUUCUCCAGCCUCUUCCAGUUCUCCAACUGCACCCAAGGAAGCCAGCCUUUCCACACCUUCAGCCCUGAGUGGGACACCCAGGAGGACAGUAGGCUGCUGUGUUCCUCGGUGCAGGCUGCACUGUUCGAGGAGGAGGAGCGAGGCCGCAAGAUGCAGGAGCGCCUGGCCGCUGCGGAGAGGAGGAACCGGCAGCUGAAGGAGCGCGUUCGGAAGGUGAAGCGCUCUCUGAGAAACGCCCGCAAGGCUGCGCGCAAGGCCGAGCAGGAGGCGCAGGAGCUGCGAGAGAAGCUGAAGGCUGCGGAGCGGAGGGCGGGGCAUCACCUCAAUGCCAUAACACAGGAGGAGCCUCCACCAGGGCGAUACGCAAGCACGACGAUACGCAAGAGAAUGCAGCUUUAACGAAUCCCACCUGCCCCAAUCUUCCACCCACCUGGACUGAAAACUGGCCGUGGAGAGCGAGAGACUGCUGGGCGGUCUCUAUGUAAGGGACAAACAAAUAGCAACUGUCACAUAUGAGUAAACACACCUUAAAGUUAUAAUCUCGAUAACUUUCCUGUAAAUAAACUAGUCCUUCCUUUUGUAUCCCUGAUUGCUAUCACACAAGAGUGACCGUCAGGAUCAUUCCUGGUCAACUGACAAAAGUUCAAGAAGUUUCCUGAAAGAGAAUCAAACAUUUAUUUUCUCGAUGAUUACUCUCACAGGUGGAGCAGCACUGUAGCUCUGCUGCCUUCUACAACUGGAUUCAGUUGCUGCUCAAUGCUCCUCUCAGGCCGUGAUCACAUAGGAUGUGUUUUUGCUCCAAUACAAAGCACAGCUGUGAGUGACAAGAGUUACAGUGACGGCAGGAGCUUAUUGGAGUGCUGGUUUCCCCAACCCUACAUAAAAGAAGUUCAUAUGUUAAAACUAUUGGAUAGGUCCAUUUAUGCUGGAGCAAGACGAGAAGAGAGAAAUAAGAAUUUGGUGAAAGGGGUACACCACCUAUUUUACAAGUCGGAUGGAGUACCAACUAGGCAGUAAAAGUGAGCGUUUUUUAACAACAGUUUGCAACAUGGCUGUGUUAGCGACCGAACAGGAUAUUUUAAGCCCAAACAUGAUCUUUUCCAAACUCUAACCAAGUGGUUUUUGCGCCAAAACCUAACCACACUUUAACCACAGCACUGUAAUGUAAAGAAACAUAAAGUUUCAACAUAGUCACUAUAUAUAAAAUGUACAAAUGUAACAAUUGUAACAAAAACUUAAAAUGUCAGCACCAUUCUUGUGAUUGAGUUGCAUCACUUUCAGGUUGAUAUGAGUAACUUGUUAACAAGCGGUCCCUUACGAAAGUCCAUGAUGUUUGGUCAUGGAUUUUUGACAUCCAGAUACGACAUGCAAGGUACCCUGGAUGCGCUGGUUGUUGAUGUUCUGGGACUCUGUGUCAAGUUCUGCCUGUUACAUGCAUUGUCUUCUUUCAAAAUACACAGAAAAUUUAACGUUUACAUACAGUCUCUUUAAAAAUAAGUGCACUACAUUGGUAUAACACCGCAAAUUUACAUUUUUUUUCCCUUCAACAACAAACACACAUGGUUGGUUUUAGGAAAAAAGAACAGGGUUUGGCUUUACAAUCUUACAGGACGCAAACGCCACUCUCUUGGUUGAAAGUCAGUGUUUGUUGGAACCCACCCACUACCCUUCCCUCCUGCCCCACUGGGACUUAUGCCGCCUUAACUUUUCAUCUUGCCCCGCCGCAUUUCCAUCUGACACCACUGGGCCCCGUUAAAUUCUAAUGGCAAGCGGCUGUGUAUCAUGCCGACAUUGAAGGACACCUUUUUUUAUUGGUACCUGACGCUACAAAUAACUGCCCAAGCGCCAUAUGUCAAUGACCUCAGAGUGAGACUGGGGUGAGACAUCCAGUAUUCAUUUGAACUUUUGCUUCUGGCAACCUGGUGAAUGCCCGUGAAAAAAAAUAUCUAUGUCUUCAGCUGGAAAAUGUUCGACUUGUUCGUAGGCUAGUUGCUAACUUAAUCCGUUUGUUGUUCGGUGUUGGACGGGUGGUGUACCUAUUCUUUUAUUACAGAGAAGAGCCCCUGGCUGCAACUGGAAACACUGAUGAGAGAGAUUAGAUUAAAUCAAAACAUUAAAGGUGCAGGCUGAAAAACAAAACUUGAGCUGAAAGAUGCUAAAAUGCUCUGAGUGGAACUGCAGAGUUGGGUGAUAAUUCUCUUUUGGUACCUCACUAUAAGCAGCCCUUUUCACUAUACACAUACUAAUUUGACUCAUUAAUAUAAACAUUUUGAUUAUAACAGCUUCAAGUCAUUGAAUGAGUUGUAGUAGCAUUUAUAGUCUUUAGUUUAUGCAGCUUUUUGCAACACAUAUUGUAGGACAACCUGCAGCAACCACACAACUGAAGUUAAACAAAAAAAGACAAAUUCAAAAAUGCCUUUUAUGUUUUCACGGCCUGUUGAAGCAAUGAUGUUGUGACUGUUUCUUUGACUGACAUUGUGAGCAGUGAGUGGUGCAACUGAGAAUGAGAAUUCUGGGAUGUUUGAAAAGGUUCAUUUAUUAUUAAGUUGAGCUCUUUAAAGUCUGGAACAUCAGCUUGUACAUGGAUAUUUUUGUAUGAAUGUUUUUUCCGCAUAUAAAAUUGAACUUGGAUGAA